UUCUCUCUUAGGCGCUGCUGCCAUGAACACCCUCCUGCUCUCUGCACUGUGCCUCCUUGGGGCCUGGGCCGCCCUAGCAGGGGAAGUCACCGUGAAGGAUGGAAAGUUCUCCUUUUCUCUGGAGUCAGUGAAGAAGCUCAAGGACCUCCAGCAGCUCCAGGAGCCUGGGAGGCCUAGAAAUACUGGUGGAUCCCUCGUUCCCAUCCUCUGCAGCUCCCCGAGUUUUCCCGGAGAACUCAAGCCUCUCUGCAAGGAGCCCAAUGCCCAGGAGAUCCUGGAGAGGCUCGAGGCCAUUGCCGAGGAUCCGAGCACGUGUGAGAUCUGUGCCUACGCUGCCUGUGCUGGAUGCUAGGACGGCGGGUGCUCACUACCUUCUGUCCCUCCCCCGCAGGCCGCUCUCCCUCCUCGCAGCUCCACCUACCCAGAAUGGAGGAGUGACGAGAGGGCAGCCUGGGGAGGCCCAGCCCCUGCCCCUGCCCCCGGUGCUUUCCAAGAUCCACCCCCACCCACGGCUAAUAAACCAGAUUCCAGAGUC